CUUGAAAGAAAUGUUCCAGUGUGGCAAAGAAAAGACAUCUAGAGAACAAGCUUCAGCACAAGUAAUCAAAGAAGAAUACAAGAAACUUGGCCCAAUAAGCUACCCUGAAGUUGUCACCUUUGUCCUGUUCCUUCUGAUGGCCCUGUUAUGGUUUACUAGAGAUCCAGGAUUCAUCCCUGGCUGGUCUGCUUUAUUUCCAGAAUAUCCAGGCUAUGCUACUGAUUCAACAGUGGCUUUACUAAUUGGGCUCCUCUUCUUCAUUAUUCCUGCAAAAAGAUUGUCUAGAACUUCAAAUGGAGAAAACAACAAUUAUAUAACAUUUUGUGGUGCAAGUACAGGAUUUGAAGUUUACUCAACAGAUUUUCUUGUUCUUGACUCAAAACUCUCAUCCUGGAUUGGAAACAAAUUAACCCCGUUAGGAUCAUUACCCAUUUGGGUAAUAAUUCUCAUUUCAUCUUUGAUCGUGACCACAGUAACUGAAGUAGCCAGCAAUCCUGCUACAAUCACUAUAUUUUUGCCUAUCUUAGCCCCCUUGGCUGAAGCCAUCCAAGUUAACCCUCUUUAUAUCUUGAUACCAACCACCCUCUGUACAUCAUUUGCAUUUUUGCUACCAGUAGCAAAUCCACCUAAUGCGAUUGUAUUUUCUUAUGGUCACCUGAAAGUUAUGGAUAUGGUAAAAGCUGGACUGGGUAUAAACAUCAUUGGAGUUGCUGUUGUGAUGCUCGCUAUUAUGACAUGGGCACAGCCACUGUUUAAACUCCAUACAUAUCCAGCUUGGGCACCCUUUCCUUCUGCUACUAAUAUUAGU